CUCGUGCCAAGCAACUCGUCGAGGACGACGAUGCUGUGGCCGCGAGAACACUUCCGAGUCGCUUUCAAGCAGGUCGUGAGCGACGCGAUUGACACACAUGGCGCUAGCGUUCUUCUUCUUGUGGCACUGGACGUAGACUCUAUCGCUGCUGUCUCCAUCUUGACGUCGCUCUUGCAAUCCGAAAUGGUGGCGUAUUCGAUGGUGCCUGUGGCAGGGUACAAGCAAAUGGCGAACAUGGUGUUUUCCACCGAGAUUCGCUCCAUCUUCCUCAUCAACUGUGGUGCCAUGAUCGAUGUCUACAGCACCCUGAAAAUCACGGACCAAAAGGUGUACGUGAUCGACAGUCACCGCCCACUGCACCUUGCCAACGUGUACGAUCGUCAUGGCACCGUCGUGCUGUUUGACGACGAAGGCCAAGCAGAAGGCGAUUUCCCCGAUGACGGCUCGGACAUUGCCGCCAUCGAGCAAGAGGAAGAAGACGACGAUGACGCGGACCGCGAGAUUGACAGCGACGACGACGACAGUGAAGCAGAAGCAGACCUCACAGAUACGGCAACCGCACGUGGCAAGAGAAAGCGCACCGAAUCGAAUGGUUCUCUCACAAGUGACGAUGGCGGCGACGACGGCGAAGGUGCUGACGACGGAAAUGACGUCGACGAGCCCGGCGACAGUACCAACGACCCUGAUCGAGACGAUGAAGGUGGUCAUGCCGUGAAUAUGGACGAGCCUCGCUCAGAGGACGAAGGCUCUGUGGAUAAUGAGGCACAAGAUGGCGAACCGGAAGUCGAACAAGUGCCCCCCGCUGCCUUCCCGGACAAGCACCUUCCAUCCAAGCGCAAACGGCGGCUGGACAUUCUGCAGUACUACCGCGGAUCGUUCCAUGGCGCACCAGCCGCCACGCUGGUGUACGAACUCGCGAGUCAGCUCAACAUGGCAACACAAGAAAAGGUGUGGUAUGCGAUCGUCGGUCUCACCAAGCAAUUCGUGGCUCAACAAAUCGACGCCGACAACUACAACAUGCUCGUGCAAAAGUUCCAAGACGAAGUGCUUGCGUUGCCAGCCAACGGCGGCAGCAACGACAUCGUCACAGACGUCGACGGCACCAUUUUGCCCACUGUGCAAAAUGGUGCGAUUGCAUUCGAAGAAGAGUAUCGAUUCAUGUUGUACAGGCACUGGUCGCUAUACGAGUCCAUGUACUACUCCAAUUACGUCGCGGCCAAGCUCAAGACCUGGCAAGCUGCAGGGAAAGACGAGCUCGAGGUGUUUUUGGCCCGGAUGGGACUCAGUCUCAAGGAAUGUCAACAACGCUUCACUUUCAUGUCCCGCGAACUCAAGCAAACGUUGCGAGACAAGUGCCGCGAUAUCGCGCCGGAAUUCGGCCUCGACGAGUUGUUUUACGGAUCGUUCCGCCGUCAAUUCGAGUUCAAGUAUCAGUGGUGCGCGGCGGACGUGUUCCAUGGCCUGUCCGCCCUGCUGGACGCACCUCUCCACGUGGCCCAGAAAGCUUUGGCUGAUCAUGUACCUGAUGCUUUGCAAGGCAUCUACGACGAACCGACAGAAACGAGCGGCGAUGGCGCGCCGUCGGCACCCUCACUGCCGUACUGGCAACACAGCUUUCAUCUCGCAAUGGAUGCGUUGCCAUGCUCGUCGACGCGGUCGUGCGUGCUGAUGGAACGAGGCAUGCACAUGGCGAUGCAACUGCAACAAGCAAUCGUCCAUCUCGGCAUAUCGAUCCUCGAUCGCAAGCUCUUGGUUCGGGUCAAGCACUUUCGAUACGUGUGCCUUCGCCUGUCAGAAGAAGAGGAGCUGCUGUUCAGUCAUCCCUCGACGCUGUCCAAGCUCGCGCUCUUCCUCGUCGACGUCCAUCGCGAACAAGGCAAGUGGAUCGGCAAACACGCCGCGCCGUUUGUCCUCGUUGCGCACGUCAAAGCCCGCAACGUGUACCUCGUCGUGGGUGUGACCUGUCCAGAGCGCGCGGGCGACAUCCACCGCAACACGUUGGGGACGGCGUUUGCGCUGGCCGCGGCGGAAACCGGCGCGUUGUCAACGUACGAUGGGUUCGAGACGACUGUGAUGGAGCUCCGCAUGGACGACAUCCACGUGUUUAUUGAGCAACUGCACAACGUAAUGGACGCCUAGUCGUGAUCCGCGUAACAUGGACGAUGGUUCGAUCCGUCGAAAGAUGCACGAAAACAAUCGGCCACGAAAGCCCACGCAGGCAGCGCCAAACCACAGCGUUGCCACGCCUCGACGAAGAUGGAGAGGCAUCGCGUUCGCGUCCGAGGGUUUCAACAUCGGAAGGACGCUUUUCAUGGACCAUGCGAGCGUGCGUCGAGUGGCGGACCUGGCACUGUUUGCAUCUCCCAUCCCAUAUGCAGACAUGCACAGAGCGCCAUCGCAAUCGUGCAUUCGGACUCACGACAUCAGUCCGUCGAGCGCGCCACUUGCUCAGUGUCGACAAAGUUGGAGAUGGCGAGACGACUUCCUAUUCAAUUAAGUAAGCCAGCUUGUCCACGAGCGCUUGGCGAGGUCCAUCCAACGUCUUGAAACGUUUCCAUCCAGCGAGAAAUUGCCGGAGAAGCGGUUCGUACAGAUUGGUGUUCCAAAGCAUGGGAUGGAUGUGGCCAGCUUGGCACAGGAUGCGGCUGGCCAUGGCAAAGUCUUCUUCGACCACAAAGCCAACCACAAGGUGCAACGCACUCGUCAACGCGUGAUGGACUAGCGCGUCCGACGCACUGCGUUGUGCCGCCAAUCGAUCGACACGAUGGCAGUGCAGGACGAAGCGCUCCCAUGGCACUUGCGGCCACAUUUGAAGUUCUUGCAGCGAAAAGCGCACGAGGACCAAUUCAACGUGCGAACCCGUGAGGUUGGCCCAGUCGAGUUGGCGCAGCGCAGCCUUGUGCACGCGUUCAAAAGGGCUCAACAACGCCACCGCCGUGAACCCAAAUGUCGUCAAGAAUCGGAAGGCGGCGGCUUCCGUGAGGCUAGCGUACGCGCUCGGUGUGUUGCGGAGCAACGCAUCCAAUGCAGGUUCACACCAGUGCCGGCGUUUCCAAAGACUGUCCCACAAGUCACGGCCACCUGCCAGUGUCGUCUCUGGCGCUGCGCUUGGCACCACAUCCUCAUCUAACUCGAUCGUCUCGAUCAAGGCACGGCGGAGUUGCAUUGGCCAUGACGUCGACGCUGGAGCACGCGACGACACGUGCGUGCUUUCCCACUGGAUCAACAACCGGGCUAAGCCUUCAUUCAGGUCAGGCGAGUCGGCGACGGCUUCCAGCGCGAGGGCAAACACAGCGGGGAAGUCCGUUGUGACUUGGCUCUGAUGCUGUUUCCAGUUGAUGGCGCCGUGGAGGUCGUACAGCAUGGCGACAAUCGACGCGGACGGGAGGUUCCAGGCAUCGCAAACGGUGGUCGGAACAAUGUCGUGCAGCCACUUGAGCAACAGGACCGUAGUCGAGGACAGCUCGACACCGUCCAACCACGAAAGCACGGUCGAGCAAAACAAAGUCUCGAGAGGCUCGAGAUCGCGGAGCUUCAUCGGCGACGGAAGCGACACCGCGCAGGGCUCCGCCGUCGACGUCCACUUCAUGACCAAGUACUCGUACACUUUAUUGCCCUUGGGCGUCGACGCGUGAUCGACGUCAUGGAGAGUCGGCACGUGCGCGCUCAAGAAGUCGGCAACGUGUCGCUGGAACAAAGGCAGGUGGUCGCGAUCGUGGUCCAGCGCCGACGUUAGUUGCAGCAGUGUUCGAACUUGGCGCAAAGACAGCCCGCGCGAGCACGUGUCUGCGAUAACCUGGUCAAACGGUGGCGUCGACGCAUCUUUUGCUGGCGCCAUGGCGCUCAUGACAAGUGUCGGUGAGAGCGGGACAUUUGCUGCGUCGACAAACGCCAGCAACGUGCUCCACAACACGUGCGUCUCGAGCACUGGGACCCCUUCCGACCGACCAGGUCCUGGUCGGCCUAGCACCAUGUUGUACAAGUCACACACGAUCUCUUGGCG